AUGUCAAAGAAGAGAUCACGAAACAGCGAGUGGUUCAAAAAAAACGCCAUAUUCUACUUACCCAACCAAGCCUUUGACCAUGAUGACGCUCACCCGAGCUUGACGAAAGCGCCAAGUACAAGCACUGCCCCCGUUCCACCGAGUUCUAUCAAUGCAGAUACUCUGAUAAAGGCAAUGCCUGACUAUGCCUUCCACGACUGCACGCUUGCAGAAAGGCUCAUAAAGAUUGCUGAUGAUGCUCUUGACUGUGUUAACCCGAUUUCUGAAGAUCGAUUUCAAAACGAAUAUCUGCCACUGUUCUCUCCUUAUUGUGAUUACGUGGAUGGGACUAGAAAGGUCAAACGCCUGGUUUGUAAGACAAUGCACAACAAAAAAGAUGGUUGCAAUUGGGCCCAAAAUACACUGUGUGACGCUAUCAACUUCACUAUCAAUGAUCUUUUCGGAAUUGAUAUUCGGAUGGACACUGAGUACAGCCAUGACAAGACAGUCGCUGUAAGCACUGAGAAAGUCGAUUUUAUGCUUAUAAAUUCGGACACGGGAAAGAAGACUUUGAUGGGUGAAAUGAAGCAGCCGUCCGUCGUGGAGGGCAAAACAUCACUUGCAUAUAUGGUACCGGCCUUAAAGGUUUCUUUUACCGAAAAGAAAGGCGAAGUACUGCCUCCGGUUUAUGCCAAAUGUGUUUUCUAUCUACUUUCACAUACACAAAGGCACAUUGUGCUUUUUUGGUGCACUGGACUGACUAUCUUUGAUUCGCGAAACGUAGAUGCUGGCGGAAACGACUGCGUGGCAUAUUCACCAAUAGUUGAGGUUGAAGGGAAGUCAGAGCCUUUCCGGGUUUUGUUGGGUUUACUGCUCGUCUCGGAGGGGUUAGCCAUCCUACCGCCGGCACCGAAUCUCAACGACGCCUGGGCUCACUUCGCAACGUAUCACGGAUCUGACGCACAAAGAGACUUCUACCUUGCUUGGAAACAGCAAGGACUAGAAAAGGCACACAAAAGGUCGGGCACCGAGCACGAUGACACUCUACCCUCACGGGGACCACAUCCUGGGCCAAAUACCGAGAGCAACGACGGCCUGGAUGGUGGAGACAGCGGGCCACCACAGGGGUCAAGUGCAGAGCCAAGGACUGACAGCGACAAUAACCCAGAUGCUGGAGACAGUAGGCCACCACGGAGAUCAAGUGCUAGGCAAAACAUCAUUAGACCAAGUGUCGAAUCAACCUUCGGGCCAAGCCACGAAAGACCCGUUAAAAGAAAAUAUACAACUCAGCCUAAAAAGCAAAAGCGAAAGCGAAACGGCACUGGCAGUGACGAUGAUGACGACAGUAACGAUGGUGACGACAACGAUGACAGUGACAAUGGCGACGACAAGGACGAUAACGACAACAAUAACCAUGGACGCAGAGGGCCACCAGGGGGACCCAGUACCGAACCAAAUCAUGGACCACGCUCCGAGCCAAGUCAAAAACGAAGCAGUGCACACGGUACUAGAAGGAGUACAUCUUCGUCUAAAAGCCGGCCAGGAGGGACACGCACUGGCCGUCGGAGGAACCACUCGGCCUUACCACCAACUCUCCUCGGGAACUCCGUGAAACCCCCAAGCCCGAAGAUACAGAAGCUGGACUCGACAAAGACAGAGGGCCAUAGUGCUAUCAUCAUCCAAGGCUUACAGUCAGUACCGGGUGCUAAAUGGGGUCAGAAGGUCAAGCUUACACCCGAGCGGGGAGUGCCCUUCCCGCCCUUUCCAACGUCCGAAACCCCUGUCCUUCAAGUGGUCAAACGUGACAUGGGACCGGGUGUAAUGGGUGUUGUUUGCAGCGCAAAACUUUUGAAUCCGAACGUUCAUAGUGUGCAUCCAAAAUACUUUGCUGUCAAACUUGUUGAUAUCUCACGGCUGCCACCGGAUGGGGAUUGUAGGAACUAUGCUCAAGACCUCUGUAACGAAUUUCUCGUUUAUUGCAUCCUCCAAGCCAGUGCAGACCGCUACUCUUUUGUGGAAGAGAUUGUGCGGCGCCACACUGCUAUAUGCUACGGACUGUACGAGCAUAAUGAGGAUAAGACAAAGUAUGCGCUGAUCACCGAGUAUGUUGGAGAGACACCCGACAAGCCCUUGAAAGAGUUAGAGCACAAGGAGAAGUUGGCAGUGUUUCAUGCUUUCGCCUCUCUGCACUCAUUAGGGAUGUUCCACAACGAUGUUGCAGGACGGAACAUUGUCCUUGAUCGACUGACGGUCAAAAUCAUUGAUUUUGGCGACGUGACAUGGCAUACAUGUCGAGGCAUAGGAGGGUACUGUACUGAGUUACUGUGUGUCCAAUACGUUCUGUUUAACGGGCUCACUGAUGAAGACGAAAGGCUAGGAAGGAUAGACGAGGCACAAAACAAGAAAGUGCAAGCGAUGUUACAGGAAGUCAGUCCAAUCUCUGUAGAGCGUGAGAUCUACAACCUUCUGACCCAACUAUUCCAUCGCAAAAAAGUCUUAUAGCUUAUAUUAGCUUAUAAUGGU